AACUUUAGUAAGGGGGAAGUGUGAAUAAAUUAUAGAAUUAAGAUUUGUUAUGAAGGAAAAAAUUUUAAAGUAUUGGUUGGCUGUCACUGAGUAGCAUUUGCAAUCGCUACGCAAAAAUAGCAACGUAAAUUGCCCCCAAGACCAGUCAGAAACGUAAGACAACCAGAGGAUAUAAUAUAUAAAAAAGACAGGGCGGUAAAGGAGGGUGGUAAAGGAUAGAUUGUAGAAACAGGACAAUGUCAUUGUCAAUGGCGUAAGGCAAUGCACACAAGAAAAAGGUGUCGAUAAAAAAAGCUAACUCUGGAUAAGGUUGUCUCUUUUCCCUGUCUUUUUCAGCCCUUCAACACUCAAGCCAUCUCUUUAACUGAACAUUUGUAUUUUCUUCGGCAUCUUUACCAGUGAAUUUGGCACCAGGGACAUCAUUUCCGAACAGAAUUGUGGUGAUGGAUUCUGAAGAGAAUGAGGUGGAAAGCAGCAGCGAUGCAGGCCCCUCGGGCAUGGAAGAGCCGUCCGAAAGCGGCAUGGGCAUGGAGUCAUCAGAGGCCAUGUCGGCCGACAGCAGCGACACGGCCUCUUCUCACAUGCAGCCGCCUGAGUCUGACUGUCAUGUCGGACAGAGCUCCGAGGGACUCGUGGUCUUCAUCCCAGAGACCAGCUCCAGCACGGAUGCCCGAGUUUCCUCUGUUCACCUCCCAGACUCCUCCUCGGUGGCCCAGUCCACCAGCGUGUCCAGCGUGUCCACGGUGACUCAGUCAGUCCUGGUGUCUGAGUCGGCUCAAGUGCUCGUUCACUCCAGUGCUGCGUCCGAAGGAGCCAUGAUGGUGUCCGACUCCACUGCCUCUACCUCGUCCGACUUGGGCUCGGCCAUCGACAAGAUCAUUGAGUCUACCAUCGGUCCUGACAUCAUAAACGGUUGCAUCGCUGUAACAAGUGCAGACGACAGGGAUGCAGAACCAACCCAAUAUCUCAUACUUCAAGGUGCUCCCAUGGUAGCCCACAUGUCUUCCUCGGCCUUGUCUGACCACAUAGCCAUCGAAGCACUUUCCGAGGGUCCGACGUCCACCUGCCUAGACCAGAGAGACAUGCAGAGGAGCCUGGAGCCCGACCAACCUGACGACCAGCCUGGUCACUCUGGCUACCCAGAGGAAAGCAGUGGUCAGCCUGAUCAGCCCCAACACUCUCACCCCUCCCAGUACAUGGACUGCAGUGCAGACGGCCCAGACCAAACAGGGGAGUCAUCACCGUCCUAUGCGGAGUGUUCUGAUGAACCAGACCAGACGCGCUCCGGGUCAGGCUUUCCCGACUACAGUGGCAACAACAGCGACCAAGACCUGCCUGGAUAUGUUGAAUGCAGCAGGGCAGAUUCAAACCCUACCAUUGGUCAGAGCUAUGUGGUGGGGUGCAGUGCCGGGUAUCUGCGCGCCGUGGACGACGGAGAGCGGAUGCAUCAUUCGCGUGCCUAUAUUGACAGUAGCGCAGAUCACAAGACUCAGAUGAGUCGGCAGUACCCAACCAAAUAUGGGGGUGUUGCCGAUUCUGAGGAACCAGGAUGUUCCCGGUACCGCACGGGGCACGAUGACGAUGAUGAGCAGAUCCAGGAUCCCGAUCAGCCACAGCAGGAGCCCCAGCGUUCCUGUUACACGGAGAAUAGCAACGGCCCCGACGCGUCCCUUUACACUGACGACAGCUCCUUGUCAGACCACCCUGUCACCGACAUGGCAGUUUCAGAGGGGGUGCUAGAGGCGGUCGAGUGCAGCGAGAGCCAACCGGGGCCCCACAUCAGCAGCAGCGGCACCUAUAGCUCCAUCCUAGAGCCGGACGUGGCCCCACAUUGUUCGGCCAGCCGGGGCGACCCUGAGAAGGAUGAAGCUGUCCCGCGUCAGGAAGUUGUCGCUUCGGCCGUGGCCGAAGGUCCCGGGGACCGGCCGCCCAAUCUGGCUGAACUUGAGGAGAUGAUGGAAGUUGUGAUUGUGCACCAGUUCAAGUGCAAAAUGUGUCCUUAUAAGAGUGUCUCUAAAGACACCUUGAUUAGCCACAUGAGGGACAAGCACUUCAAACUUGCAGGAGGUUUGCAAACAAAGCGCAAACGUGGCCGACCUCCCAAGAGGGCUCUUCCACAGUUGGGCUUUAACAAGGACUGUUCGGGAGAGGGGGGAGCGACACCGGUGAAAGUGUCUGCUUCUCAUCAAACUAAAGAAGAUGAAGAUCAGGAAGAGCACGUUCCGGAUGCCGGUGCUAUUGAUAAUUGUGACGAGGACAGUACCUACAACCCAGCUGAAGAGGACUGCUGCGGAAGAUUACCUGCCAUUUUGAAAAACCACACUCCUUCUAUUACUUCCUCUUCGCACACUCGUCCUCAGCGUAGAGUCGGCCGUCCGAAGAAAUACAUCCUUCUGGAAGAUGACGACGACAGCCAAGAGGCAGAGAGUUUAGCAAAAAAGGCAAGGGUGAAAGUUGAACACAGCGCCGGAGACGAAGCGAGCUCCUCAGUCUUGGACAAUGACUCCUCUCUGGUGGCUAAAAAAGAGGAGGUGUUGGAUGUGGUGGUGUGCCUAUCUGACUCUGAGAACAAAGAUCCCUCAUCCAACUCGCCGCCAGAAGAGUUCUUUGAGAGGAAACGAGGCCGCCCUUCAAAGUGCUUUCUUCGUAAAAAGUACAAGAAGCAUUUGAGUCGCAGUCGGUACUACAAAUCCUUCAAACCGCUCCUGAGACCUCACAACUGCUGGAUCUGUGGCUCGCGCUUCCUCACGGAGGAUGAUCUGCAAUUCCACGUGGACUCUCACGAGGGUAAUGAGCCGGAGCUCUUCAAAUGCCUCCAGUGCAACUACCAUUGCAAGCGCUGGUCCUCGCUCAAGGAACAUAUGUUCAACCAUGAAGGUACAAAGCCCUUCAAGUGUGAGAAGUGUGAUUACUCAAGUGUUUACCGGAAAGAUGUCAUUCGUCAUUCUGCGGUUCACAACAAAGAAAAGAAAAAAAAAGAUACGCAGGUGGGGACUGCAACCGAGUUCCCGUGUCCUGUGUGUCACAAAAUUUACCCCAUGCAGAAGAGGCUGACUCAGCAUUUGAAGACACACAGCGCUGAGAAGCCGCACAUGUGCGAUAAGUGUGGCAAAUCCUUCAAGAAGCGCUACACAUUCAAAAUGCACCUUAUGACACACCUUCAGAGUGUGGGAGACAGCAAGUUCAAAUGUGAGUUUUGUGACUACAUUUGCGCCAACAAGAAGCAGCUGCUCAACCACCAGCUGUCCCACACCAGCGACCGACCCUUCAAGUGCGAUUACUGUAAAUACGCCACUUCCAAGGAGGAAUUCCUGGUGUCUCAUCUGGCCAUUAAACACACUGGAGACAAGCCUUUUGCCUGCACUAUGUGUCACUUUGGGACUAAACAUCGAAAGAACCUUCGACACCAUGUGCAGUGUCGCCACCCGGAAGCCUUUGAGGACUGGUCACUUACUCACCCAGAGGCCGAGGCAAAGAGACGCCGCAAACCUUUCCUUACCCUGCAGCGCGUGGAGGAGUUAAAACAGCAAAACGAGGAUGGAGCUCAAGUUUUGCCAAACACCAUUGUUUCAGUCGACCAUGUAGCUCUUCAAACUAUUCAAGAGAUUGGAAAUGCUUCCGUCUCCGAUGAUGCACUGGGAAAUACGACCAUCAUCUAUGAACAAGAUGAUUCAGGUGAACUCUCCGCCCAAAAUGCGCUGAGCCUGCUGCUAAAUAUGAGCAAUGCCCGAGAAUUGGUUGGAAACACCUUACAAGUUGCAGUACUCAACCCGGACGGCAGCACUGAGGUCAAAGCUUUGGAGAAGGAAACGUGGAGCGCCGUGUCAGCGGCACAGGGACAGACCCACAAGGUCGUCACCGUCCACGUGUCCGAGAACGGCGAAACUGUUCUGCAGGAGGCUUAUGAGACUGAGAUGGAAGAAAUCCCCCAGAUAGCAAUGGAAACCUACACGGACGAAGGGGAGUUCAGUGUGGUGGAACAAGUGACUGAAGAGGUCCAAAGUUCUGAGUGCAGUGAUGAGAAGAAUGAUCAAGUUCAGGCUGCAGAGGAGUCCCAGGUACAGAAUCUGAAAAGUGACAAGUUCUACCUGGCGACUGGACUAUCCGAUGGUGUUCUGCAACAAGUAGAGCUGAGCAGCGAAGCGCCUGCCUCUCCUCCUCCGAUAAGCUCACCCAGCGUCAGUGCCAAAAGGUUUUCCUGUCGCAUAUGCACAGAGUCUUUUAAUGGCCGCUCGGAUAUGGAGAAUCACAAGCGGGCGCACUUGGAUCCCAACACCUUCAAGUGCCCUGACUGUGAGUUCACAUCCAGUUCCUGGCCAGAGGUUAAGACCCACAUGGAGCUUCACUCAUACUUACGACCUCACAAAUGCCACAGCUGCAGCUUUGCCUCCAAGAAUAAGAAGGACCUGCGCAGACAUCUGCUGACACACACAAAUGAAAAGCCAUUUUCUUGUACACUCUGUGGCCAAAGUUUCAAUCGCAAUGGCCACCUCAAGUUCCACAUGGACCGCCUGCACCAUCAGCAUCAGACCACCACCAAGAGCCGUACCGCCGCCUCCCAGCAGACCAUCAUUGUAAACCGUGAUGAGGAGGCGCUGGCCACAUUGCAGUCCCUGCAGACCCACCAGACAGUCAUCAGCCCAGAUCAGCUGCAGGCACUCACUCGAGAGCAUAUAAUCGUGGCCCAAGAUCAAUCUCUUUCAGACCAGGCAGAGGGCACAUACAUUCAACAGAUCACUACAAUUGAUGGACAGACAGUCCAACACUUGAUGACAGGAGACAACCAAGUCACGGAGGUGCAGUACAUCAUCUCCCAGGAUGGUGUGCAGCACUUGAUUCCGCAGGAGUACGUGGUGCUAGCAGAUGGUGACAUCCAGAUACCAGAUGGACAGAUCAUCCAGUACGAGCACGAAGGAGUUUUUCUGCAGGGGCAGCAGAUUGCAGUCAGCUCUGACAGUCCAGUCCAGUAUCUGCCUGCUGCCACAGAACAGGAAGAUCUGGAGGCUGCUGCCCACUCUGUAGUUACAGCAGUGGCAGAUGCAGCUGUGAUGGCGGAGGAACAGACACAGGUACAAGCGGUCUACACUGAAGCAACGCCCGAGCAGUUGGAACAACUCCAGCAGGAGGAGCAGAAACAACAGCAGCAGCAGGAGGAGCCAGGCGUCCACUACGACAUUGUUACCCUCACUGUUGAGUAGCUAUAAAGCGCCACUUACUUGCUUUGCCACGCAGCUAAUCUGCAUUUUGUUAUUCGCAAAUUUGUAUGAAUGUUUUCCUUUUGGGGGAAAAAAUGAUUUAAGUUGAUUCCUUUUUAGAAUAUUUAUAGAAAAUGUAAAUACAUUUCUUUUUUUGUCUUUUGUUGAUUAUCGUGUGUUGAAUAAGCUAAUAGCUGACACCAAAUAAAAUACAAUGUUUAAC